AUGGUCCUAUACUGGUUACAUGGAGAUUCGAAUCGAUGGAAACCUUUCGUAGGUAAUCGAGUGUCUGAAAUCACCGAUAUUUUGCCGGCUAUACAUUGGAGACACGUGAAAGGUUCUGAGAAUCCCGCGGAUUUAAUAUCCAGAGGAGCUACACCUACACAACUUCUAGAUAAUUCGCUGUGGUUUAUUUUGAAUUGUCGCAAGAGUCCAGACGACAGAAUUCUUACCAGGUUGUCUAUGUCAGAAUUGACAGAAGCUCAUCAGGCAAUGAUUAAGUAUUCGCAAAAUCUUCAUUUCAAGGAGGAUGUAAUACAAUUGCGAAAUCAUAAGCAGUUGAUCCGAACUAGCCAGUUGCAGCAACUGCACGCUUUCUUGGAUGAAAACGGUAUCCUUAGGGUGGGCGGUGAAGCGCCCUGUGAAGCGCCCUGGAACUUCGCGAGAAAGCAUCCUAUACUAUUACCUGCCAAAUGCAAGAUAACUUGUUUGAUUAUUGAAAGGGAACAUUGUACUCUAUUACAUGCAAGGCCGCAGCUGCUACUUGCUUCAAUACGUAGACAAUACUGGCCAUUGAACGCCAGAAACUUGAUUUGUCAGAUUUGCCAUGUUUGUGUAUGGUGUGUUAAAAACAAUCCAAAGGGAUUAAUUCAAGCAAUGGGAUCGCUGCCAGCCAAUAGAAUCCAACCUUCCAGAGCAUUUUUGAUCUCAGGAGUGCACUUCGCAGGUCCGGUCAUCACGCUCGUUAAUAAAGGACGUGGCAGAAAAACGUGUAAAUCGUAUAUAGCUUUGUUUGUAUGCUUUGCAACCAAGACAGUCUAUUUGGAAGCCGUCAGUAAACUAUCCACGGCUGCAUUUCUAGCCGCUUUACGAAGAUUCGUGGGACGAAGAGCGUUACCACGCAAGAUUUGCAGUGAUAACGCCACGACCUUCGUGGGAGUGAACUUGAAGAACUUUAUUCAUUUGUUCGUACCUCUAUCGAUGGAGCUGUAG